AUGGUAUCAUUUGUAGUAUUUUAAUAGCGUGUUUUUAAACAAUUUUCACCUUUAAGAUAACUGUCUUUUAUUCUGUUAUUUGCAAUAUUUAAUUUUUUAAAGAUGUGGGAUUUCUUUAUGAUUUUUUUAUUUUUAACCGUUAAGCAAUUCUCUGAAGAAGGAUAGAGGGAUACUUAAAGUUCAAGAGUUAAGCCUCAAAAUUUUAAGGUAGUAUAGCUACUUCAGUAUUUUAGUAUGAAACGGUUUAAACUGAUGUUUAAGAAGCUUUAAAUAAAAUUCUUUAGUUCUUUGUAUAUUUUUCAUCUUUAUCAUCUAAGCAACUUAAUGGUAUUUGGGUAAUGACUUUGGGUCAAAAAAUAGAAGAAAUUAUAUUAACAGUAAAGGAUAUAUUAGAAGUUGUUAUUAAAGACUAUUUUAUUCAGGCUUUAAUUUUAGAUUAAUUUUUUUAAUUUAUGUUAAAUUUGAGCUCAAUAUAAAAUUAAAUACGAUUGGAAUACCCUAAAUCUUUUUAAUUUUGUCAAAAGUAAGACAACAAUAUUUAAAAGAAAAAUUUAAAUGUGAAAACCUUAAAUUUUACUAAUAAUGGAGAUUUCAAAAAAAUAGAAGUUGUUUAGCAUAGUUUAGGUAUGUUCUUGCUUCAAUAAAUACUAUUUUAGAAAUUGAUUAAGCAUAAAGAUUGUUUUGUAUGGGAGCUGAACUAAAUGAUUUAAUAAGAUGUUUAAAUGUGA